UUUGUUUCAAAGGGAUUUUGUAUUGUAAUUUUUCUUAAUUCAUAAUACGAUUUAAAUAAUAGCAUGGUCUAGAUGGUUAAAACAGUAGUUACUAGAAUUUGUGUAAUUGUUGGUUGUCAAAUUAUUGUCGACAAUAAAUUAUAUAAAACUACAAAAAUGGAUGAUAUGAUUGCGCCGCAAAUACGAGAUAAUUGUAAGCUCGCGUUACCUGACGGGCUUAAAGAGCUUAUGAAUGAUAUAACCAGAGAAGUGCUUCGAUACCAACCCGACAACCUGUACAAGUUCAUCGCUGACUAUCUAUCGGUGUUGUUAGUAACGCGAGAGAACCUAUCCAUUGCUGGUCGUUUAUGCUCGGAGAUAUGCAACUGCAAUUGUGAACCAGAAUUGGAAGCUGAACUUGCCGAUAUUGGAUUAGAUUCUGAUGAAGUGAAAGCAGCAGCGGCUAUCAUUGUGAAGUACUUUGAAAAGGAUGUGGUUAAUGAAGGCAUUCUGCUGAGGAAGCUAUUGGAAACAACUAAUAUAAAAGGAUUCUUGAUAACUGAUAUACAGGUCGCCAUUCGCAGGGCUUUUGUUCGUCAUCAAGAACAUAACACUGUUGUUUAUGAGUCUUCAUCAGACAGCGGUGAGGAUGACGUGACUCGUGCUGCGAAGCAUACCUUAGACAUCUACAGGCAGACUGAACCAACUGAACAUGAUUAUGAUCUCAUGUCCACGAAAAUACAAGCCUCGUACCGCGCUUUCGGUGUACGACGUUAUUGCGUGCCGAAAACUGAGGCUAAGACGAGAAAGUCUUCGCUCAAGAAUGUCACUGUAGUUGAACCUACGGCCGAACGUGACAUACGAUGUUACAAUAUACCUUAUCCAAAGUCACCUUCUCAUGGAAGCACUUCACAAGUUACAAGUUCAGUGGACGAAGAACUAGAAAUGACCGCGAGUAUGAGUAAAAAAAGACUAACUACAAUCUCGUCGACUUCACUAGCCGGCUCCUUCUUGACUUUGCCAUCACACAGGCCGUACUCUGCGCACGAGGGCGACGCCCUGUCAGACCUUGAGGAAAUACCAGAAAGAGAACACGCCUACAUUGAUUACACAGCCGAAUACCCUAUGUCGGUGGUGCUAGAUAGAGAAAUGUUCGAUAAAGAUGAUGCCAAUCACAGGAAGAUCAGUUUUAGUGAUGAGGUCCCAGUAGAGGAAAAGAAAUUGGGUCUUGUCGUUGAAGAUGAAGAUGACUCGUCGAGAGACGAUGACACGGAUCAGACGUCUUGGACUGAAUUUGUACCGUUUUAUGAUAAUACUAAAGAAAGUAUUUGUGAAAAUCGUUUCGAACAUGAAGCGACGGAUGAACAGGAAGAACAUGAAAGUAAUGAGGAGGGAGGCGCUGAGAAAAGCGUAACUAGUUCAAACGAACUUGGCAGUGAAGAACACCUUUAUUACCUGCAGGAGUAAGACUUUGAAUGGGGUUAAACAUUAUUCUGAUGGUCAAUUAGAACGGUUUCUUUCAUUGAAUUGAAGGUUUUGAAAGGCAAUGUCGUUCAUGACUAAAACAAGGAAAUGAAAGUUGGCUGCUACACAGAAUUCUGCUCGUUUAUUAAUCUGCUGUACAGCAUGGUUUUAUUUCUUCUUAUCCGUGUUAAAAUAUUUAUGGUAAAUUGUUGUGAAUAUCUGAAUAGGAUCAAGCCGAUUUUGUUUAAUAAA